AUGAAGGAAUACAUUACUUUUUUAAUAACGGAAUUGUUGAAACAACAAAUUGAAAAUGUUCAUGUGUGCGUUGAGCAUUUGCCAAGUUUGGACGCGCGUUGCUUCCCGACAGUUUGUGUUCGGGCGCGCGGUGGAGCGCUGCGUUACGUGUUGUCGCGCAACAUGACGGCAACGAUGGGUGACCAUGUCAACAACAAUGCCUCGAACAAUGAUACCGCUACGAAUUACGAGGAGGCUCUCGAGAAAACCGGUAAUGGCCUUUACAACACAUUGCUAGUGAGUACAUGCUCCCUGAUCCUCCUUGCCAUCGGGAUGGACCUAUUCGGGUUCAGUCUGGUGGUCACCGCGGCCUGCGACCUCAACCUCACUGUCACACAGAUGGGAAUUCUCACCUCAUUACCUUUCAUAGGUACUAUACAGAUAAGGAAUUUAGAAUAG